AUGAACAACAUCACAAAAUACGAUUAUUGGACAGAUCCCAUCGAUAUUCAAUGUUUAAAAGGAGUUGUCAAGAACUUAGAAACGGCGCCAAACGUCUCAUUUCGUUGUGUUGAGACAAUGUACUACAACCACCACCUUGGAGGUGUGUUUAAAGAUUUUGAAAAUGUGAGCGACAAGCUUGGGGAGUGGAGUUUAAAUAUGUUGGUUCUUCUUUGGUUCCACAUAUGUCGGAACGAAGUGACGGUGACGCAAAACGAGCAAUUUCUUAUUUGGCUUUCUAAACACCAAAUUUCACCGAUUUUAACAGAAGCCCUGGAGGUUAGUUCGACCACAGUGGUCGAAAUCGACAAUUUGGAAACAUUCGCUAAGUUUUGUGAAGCUCUUCCAAACGCCGAGAAGAGCUCGCUGAUUGUCUUUUUCGACGAAAUUCCAGAACAGGACAUAAAGUCAAUAUGCAACUGUCGAACACUUUUAUUAACGUCAAAAGUGCCAACAUCUCAAUGUCUUUACGCGACUGUUGGAGACACAUUUUGGACAUCGACCGACAGUCUCAUCAACAAAGUUGGUUAUUUCGUUAAUUAUAUACUCUCUGCCAUCGAGGGAAAGGUAAUAACACCGAUGGAGACUGAAAGUGAUUCUGUCGAGAAGCCGGAAAUAAUGUGGAAAGAGGAGGCAGUUAUUGUGAAGCGUGCCGACGCGCUGGGAGAAUUCGCUGCAACGUUUACUGGUACACCAAAGGAGAUUAACUGUGUCUUUAACGGCAAAGUGUAUCAAAUGCCGAUCCAAAGCCCCCUCCACCUUACUGUUGAAAUUCCGAAAAUCAAUAAGUCCCUUGUCGGAGAGUAUUUGUUAUCUUUUCUUGGUGGAGAUUCCAUCCACAUUCAAAUUGUGCCUGGAGAUAUGAAGACGCACAAUGCGUCAUUCUCACCGACAAUCCACGCUGGGUCUGUUCAGACGAUUGUUCUGAAAUGCUUUGACUUUUUAAAGAACAUCACUUCCAUCGGUGAAGUGUCGAUGGAGCUCCUGUACAACACUCAGCGCAUGAUCCUUGCUGUUGAGAAUAGUCUAGAGGGGUACAUCAGCUGUACUCCAGUGUUGUACAGCACUGGGGAAUAUGAGAUAGAGAUACUGAACAAGAAAACGAUCCUCGACAAAGUCGUCUUUACUGUUCUACCUGAGAAGGUCGACUGGUCCAAAACAAAAAUGUUUGAUGAGAAGGGCAAUGAGGAUCUUGAUGUGAUCAUCGCCGAAAUAGACGUACCUUCAAAACACACCAUCGCACUCUUCGACCGGUUUAACAACCCCGUUGAAGAGAAGUUCGAGGUAAAGGUGACAGGAGGAAUGACUGAAGAAAAAAACGUGGUGGUGACGGGGAGCAUCAACCCUUUCGAGGUGUCUGUUGAACUCCUCUUUGACAAUGUACGGUUGUAUUACACAACGAAACAAGUGGUCGGUGUCCCCCGACGAGUCACGUCUGACCCAUCUUCCACCACAACUGAUUUCACUAUUUUACUUGAGAAGUCAAUCCCAUGUGGCAGCCUUAUGUGUGCUGUCAUUCCGCAAAAGACAUUCCGAAUUGAUGAGAUUCAAUCUCACAUUUUUUUGAAUCAAAAAAGAAUUUCUGGAGUGGUUGUGCAGAACGAGAAUGAGUGCAAGAUUGUGGCCUGGUGUUAUCAAAUAGGAAAAGGAAGUCUUUUCGUCAAGAUUGGUGAGAUUGAGAAGACCGUAACGUUUGAUGUUACUGGAGCUACGCUCGAAAUUGUUCAACACAUCUUUUCUAAGGCGAAUAGUAUUGAGAUGGGGACUGUGACGACCACUAUUCGGGACGAUGGCGAGUUAUUAGAAGAAUAUCGGAUCCAAUUAAUAUUAAAUCACAUUUUGUUUGCCGGCAUAGACGGACAAUUUUCUAAAAGUACAUCCCCCCGUCGCCGUGCUUCACCACGUGUCAUUCCGCCACAUCAAUCUGAUGUUGUUAUUUUAGAGCGAGCAAAGGCCUUUGCCGUUCCAUUAAUCUCAUCGAUGAGGUAUUCAGUGGUUGAGAAUACAAUUGCGUUUACUGGGAUCUAUGGUGUCCCCGUCGUGUCGUUACGGAAUGGAGUUCCUGUAUUAAAAGUUGUAGAAAAAAUAGUUAUAACGCGUGCGUCGGACCAAUUUAUAACGGAAACAAAACUCAUCUUAAAUAACGUCGAGAAAUUUGAACACCCCAUUCGAGCCAUUCCGUACAUCCCAUUAUUCGGGCAACCUCUCAAAGUCGUUAUGGUCUGUCAUCGACCUUUGGACGGGUUAAACGUCCCAUACUUCUUAUUUACAGCUAUUCGAUUCAUCGAAAACUCAUCAACGGAAGUCGAAGGCAUUUUUAGACUCUCGGGCGACGCCGAGGAAAUGAAAAAGAUCCGAACGCGACUUGAAAACGCAGAGGAAGUCGAUUGGUCAAGGUAUUCAAUUCACUCAAUUACUAAUAUUAUUAAACAAUUCUUUCGAGAAUUAAUCGAUGGAUUGGUGUUACAGGAAGACGCUAAAAAGUUGUACAAAAUCGUCGAAACGGAAAACUUCGAGGUGACUAAGUUGAAGAAAGAACUGAACACAAUUUACCCCCCAACUAAGGAUAUAUUAGACCUGUUCAGCCAUUUGACAACAAAGAUUGUCCAAAAACAUCAAAUAAACAUGAUGAAUGAAAAGAACUUGAUGAUUUGUUUGACUCCAUCUCUCAAAAUCUCGCCACGUAUUUUGUCAAAUAUACUCUUCAGACACGACCAACUCUUCGAUCGGUUUCCUUCAUCCCGCAAUAUAAGGUGA